UAAAAGUUUAUAAUGCGAGGUUCUAUUAUGGGAAAAAAAAAAUUGUAUGAAUGGAAUGGUGAUAGUAUUCUUGCAUUAUUUUAAGCCAAAAAAAAAAAAAACAAAAUCAGUGAACAAUUUCUUAAAUCAAUCAUGUGAGAUGAGGUCAAUUGACCAAAGCUUACAUUACCGUUACAGAUUUGGACUACAAUAAUGCAGAUAAUGUUAUAAAGAAUUUGUCCAUAAACCAUAAAUAAACCCUUCUCUUUUUCAGUGUAUUUUUAUUUUUUUAUUCUAGUACUAUAUUCUUUCUUCUGUACUUUCCAUUUAUUUUUUUAUUCAAAGAAUAAAACCCCCACGCGCCCAUUAUCCCCAACCGUUUAAACCCCAUUUUCCCACCAUCGCCACCUCCACCUCUUCUUCUUCUUCCUCCUCCUUAUUGAAAACUGAAUCAGAAAAUAAACUUCAUCAAGAAAACUCCAUUUUAUGCCCUAAAUGAACUCAAAAAAUCCAUCAAGACUUCAUCUUUCUCCCUCUGAUUGAUUAAUUGAUACAAUCCCACAACAAUGAAUCAUCCAAGAAAGCUUCUUGUUUGUUCGAGUUUCGUUCUUGUCUUCAACAUCUUGUUCUUCCGGCCAUCUUCUUCUGAUGGGCUGAAUUUCGAAUUCCAGUCAUUAACCCUCAGGAAUCUGACCCUUCUUGGAGAUUCUUAUCUCAGAAAUGGCAUCGUGGGCCUCACCAAAGAGCUUGGAGUCCCAUCUUCAAGCUCCGGAACAGUAAUCUACAACUCCCCGAUUGCUUUCUUCGAUCCAGAUUCCAAUAUUACUGCAUCUUUCUCCACAAGAUUCGCUUUUUUCAUAGGCAAUGUAAAUCCUUCUUCAUUUGGGGAUGGAUUGACUUUCUUCUUGUCCCCUGAUAAUCAGACCUUGGGGAGCCCUGGUGGGUAUUUGGGCCUGGUGAAUUCCACUCAGUUGACCAAGAACAGGUUUGUUGCAAUUGAGUUCGAUUCAAAGCUUGACCCGCAUUUCAGUGACCCGGAUGAUAAUCACGUGGGGUUGGACAUUGAGAGUCUCGUUUCAAUCAAGACUGCCAAUCCCAUGUCGGUGGGGAUUAAUUUGAAAAGUGGGAAUUUGAUAACAGCUUGGAUUGAUUACAGGAAUGAAGAGACGAAGUUGGAAGUGUUUAUGAGUUAUUCCAGUUUCAAGCCUGAGGAACCAAUCUUGACGGUUGAUGUUGAUUUGUCAGAUUUCCUUAAAGAGUUCAUGUAUUUGGGAUUUUCUGCUUCUACUGAAGGAAGUACUGAGCUGCAUUUUAUUGAAAAUUGGAGCUUCAAUACAUAUGGGUUUAAGCCUGUUAGACCAAAUAUCCAUCCUCAUAAUGUUUCUGAAAGUUCUGUUCCUUUGAAGCCUCCAAUCCCAGUUUCUGAUUCUGGAAAUAGGCAUCACAGGAGGCUUGGAUUGGGUUUUGGGAUUGCAGGUCCUGCUUUCUUUUGUGCUGUUCUUGUAGUUUUUGGCUGGAUUUCUGUAAGGAGAUGGAGGGAGACCAAGAAUGAUAGGAACCUAAAAGCCGAGCUUAUGACAGGACCAAGGCAAUUCAGCUAUCAAGAACUCAAGUCAGCCACAAGGGGAUUCCAUUCCAGUAGGGUCAUUGGAAGUGGUGGUUUUGGAACAGUUUACAAAGCGUUUUUCACUCACUCGGGUGCCAUUUUUGCUGUCAAAAGAUCCAAACACACACAUGAAGGCAAAAGCGAGUUCCUUGCUGAGUUAUCAAUCAUUGCUUGUUUGAGGCACAAAAAUUUGGUUCAGCUUCAGGGGUGGUGUGUUGAGAAGGGUGAAUUGCUUCUGGUAUACGAGUUUAUGGCCAAUGGAAGCCUUGAUCAGAUGUUGUACAGAGAAAGUGAAGAUAAUCCUUUACAAUGGCCAUACAGGUACAAUAUUGCUGUAGGAUUGGCAUCAGCUUUGACCUACUUGCAUCAAGAAUGUGAGCAGCAAGUGAUUCACAGGGACAUUAAAACCAGUAAUAUAAUGCUGGAUGGGUGCUACAAUGCAAGGCUUGGGGAUUUCGGAUUGGCAAGACUUAUGGAUCAUGAUAAGAGUCCUUGUUCAACACUUACAGCAGGAACAAUGGGAUACCUUGCUCCUGAGUAUCUCCAAUAUGGGAAAGCUACCGAUAAAACUGAUGUUUUCAGCUAUGGUGUGGUUAUACUUGAAUUGGCUUGUGGGAGGAGGCCAAUAGAUAGAGAAGGGGCUUGUCACAAAAUGGUCAAUUUGGUUGAUUGGGUAUGGAGACUCUAUUCGGAAGGGAAAAUUACUGAAGCUGCAGAUGUGAGAUUGAAUGGUGAAUUCAAAGAAGAAGAAAUGAAGAAACUGUUAUUGAUUGGGUUGAGCUGUGCAAAUCCAGAUAGUGCAGAAAGGCCCACAAUGAGAAGAGUCUUUCAGAUUCUCAAUAAUGAGGCAGAGCCUAUGCCGGUGCCGAAGGUGAAACCUACUUUAACUUUUUGCAACAGUUUGCCAUUGAGCAUAGAUGAUAUCAUUUCAGAUGAUGAUGAUGGAUGCAGGAGCCCUGAUUCACAAUUUGAGAUAGUAGUUGGCUGAAGUACAAGUUAAAAAGUCCCUCCUGCUGUUAUUACUGAAACAUUAUGUUUAGGAUUCUUUCAUUUUUUUUCCCACUACUAGUAGACUGAUUGUGUACUGCUUAGUUCAAUGUAUCUUUAUACUAUCUGAAAGCAAAAUUUUUGAGUUCAAAUUCAUUCUAUUGAACUCUGCACAUAUUCCUGAUGUAUUUUGAGAUGACAUUAGAUGAGUGUUGCACUAAGGACAUUUGAUUUUACUGUAGGAGUUAACAUCAGAUACUGCUGUAAUGAUUCUUUCAAUAUCUUCUUUGCCUUUUUCAUGUUUGCUAUCAAGUAUCAACAGUGAGUUUUCUCAGAUUUGUAGCUUUCAUUCUGCAGAGGCUACUAGUCCGAUAUUCGAACCUCUUUCUCAUUUAGCAGCUUCUGUGAAUGCUUGAUUAGUGUCUUAUACUACAAAAGAUGGGGAGUGAUUGUGGCGAAAUACAACAUGAGUGUACCAAGAUUCAAGAGACCUCCCCCCUUACAUAUGGAUGAUCAGAAAGAAAUCGUGUUAAGCCAUGAGAUGACAAAAUAUACCUGCUUUACUACCUGAAAAGUAACUCGAUCCAUAAGCACAAACAGAUAGUUCAUAGUUCAUUCCUCUAUUUUACUGGAAAUGGUAAAAAGAAUGGUUAAGUCAUACCAAUUGGUUUUCAGACUAAAAAUGAAGAAAUUGCUGUCUUCUUUCUUAUGAAGCUGAAAACUUCAACCUACAGUACAACCAAAGGUAAAACAAAUUCUGCAUUCUGCAGCAUCAACUGGUUCAUUUUCUAGGAAUAAACUGGUUGAUAGAAAAAUACGAAAGGAAAGCUGGUUAUAAUCAGCCCCAGAAUAGUAGUACUAAAUGCAUCAGCUGUGAAAUUUGACUCAAUUUAAAAUCAUGCAGUGAAACAGUCCAAUAUAAGAAGCAUAUACAUCAUGAUAUUUCAACCUACUAAGAUUCAGGGAAUCAGGACAAAGUAAAUUUUUUUAUGAACUAAAACAAAAGUAGAGUUAUGGUUCAAACCAGAACAGAAUGCUAUAAUCUGGGAUUUUUGUUGAGGCAAAAAAAUAAAGGUGGCCAUGGUUGGCAGAAGAAGAGCGAGCACAUUCCCACAAAAAGCAAAACACCCUUUCACUAAUGGCGGGCUGUGCUCACUCUCUUCUGUCAACAUAAAUCACUCAGCCCCUUAAUCCAAGCAAACCAAUACCUCCUGCAAAAAGAUGAUAUAAAAGAAAAGUAUGGAGAGAAAACAAACUGAUCAGAUCAAACAAGUGCUAAAAAAAUAUGGUCUAAAAAAAAUGUGAGAUUUAGCUAUGGAAUCUCUCGUGAAGUGGUGAUAUUUUAGGAGCCUUUUUGCAUAUAAUGCAUGUGUUUUUUAUAUACAAAGGUCAAAAAAGAAAAGCAAAUUCAGGUAAUGUGAUUUGGAGAGAAUGAAUAGAGAGAGUCGUGGUAGAGUUGAGCAAUGGAACAGUGUUGGUUGAGGAGUUCAUGAGGAUCAAUAAGAUAUGUGUAGCCCAAUUUAUAGAAAUUAAUGGCAUU